AUUCUAAUUCUGAUUCUUGGGAUUUGGAAACAAAGGAUAGCGUUAGAAAUGGUGACGACGAUGUACCGUCGCGAAAAAUACACAAACACGACGAAACUAUAAUAAGUGCAACAACAGCAACAUCAACCAACCUCAUUACAGCUUUUGCUGCUUUCUUGAACGAAACAACUUCAAUUUUACAUAUAAUAUACCCACACUUCUGAAAGCGACUCCCAUCACUAUCUCUCUCUCUCUCUUCACAUUUCUUCGCUUCUUCCGACUCUCUUUCUCUUUACUAUUAGAUCUCCGUUGAUCCUUUUUUUUUAUUUUCAUUUCUCUCACUUUUCUCGGGAAAAUUAGAAGCUCGAUUUCGUUAUUAAGUUUUCUCGAGAGACUUUGUUUAACAUGUCUGACGCUUUGAUCAAUGGUCUCGCCGGUGCUGGCGGCGGGAUCAUCGCUCAGCUCAUCACCUAUCCUCUCCAAACUGUAAAUACGCGGCAGCAAACAGACCGUGAUCCAAAGAAGGAGCAGAGAAAGCUCGGUACUAUAGAGCAAAUGUGUCAGGUUGUAAAGAAUGAAGGAUGGGAACGAUUGUAUGGAGGAUUAACUCCGUCUCUUGUAGGCACAGCUGCAUCUCAGGGUGUUUACUAUUAUUUCUAUCAAAUAUUCAGGGAUAAAGCUGAAGCUAUUGCACUUGAACAUAAGAGAAAAGGAAUUGGUGAUGGAUCAGUUGGAAUGUUUUCAUCACUUGUAGUGGCUGCUCUGGCUGGGUGCGUAAAUGUGCUAUUAACAAAUCCCAUUUGGGUAGUUGUUACACGUAUGCAGACACAUACAAAAGCAUCAAAGAAGUUCAAGACUCUAUCAGUUGCUGAGAAUGAUACUUUUUUUGAUGCAGUUGAGCCUCCUCCCUUCAGAACUAGUCAUGCGAUACAAGAAGUCUAUGAUGAAGGUGGAGUUUUUGGAUUCUGGAGAGGUGUAUUACCAACAUUGAUUAUGGUUAGCAAUCCUUCCAUACAAUUCAUGCUGUAUGAAACCAUGUUGAAAAAGCUCAAGAAACAACGUGCCUUGAGGAAGAGAGGUGAUGUUGCAGUUACUGCUGUGGAGAUAUUUCUUCUUGGAGCUUUGGCAAAGCUUGGAGCAACUGUUGUAACAUAUCCUCUUCUCGUUGUAAAGUCGAGGCUUCAAGCAAAGCAGCUGAAAACUGGAGACAAAAGGCACCAUUAUGAAGGUACUCUGGAUGCUAUUCUUAAGAUGAUUCACUAUGAAGGAUUCUAUGGCUUUUACAAAGGUAUGAACACAAAAAUCGUGCAAAGCGUUCUGGCAGCUGCUGUUCUGUUCAUGGUUAAGGAAGAACUUGUCAGGGGUACACGAUUUUUGCUUACGAAGGCAAGCGUGAACAGAACCAGAUCAAGGCCUCCUUGAUAUCAUCUUUAUCUUUCCUUCGCCCCCUCGCUCCUUCUGAUCAUUUCUUUUAAGUUGCUUAGUCAAGAUAAUUACUUAAAAUCGACUGCUACGUUCUUUAGCUCGGUCCUCGAAAUAAGAGAGGUAUCAGGAUUUGCAUGGAGCUGAAUUUAUAAGUAUACCCAGUUAAUUCUUUUGGUAGUUACUCAGAUAGCGGGAUCUUACAUGUAAACUACUUGCAGAAAAAUUGAGUUCUGCUUUUAUACUUGGUCCCUCAAAAACUGUGUUAUCAAGAAGUAGGAGGAUUUUUGUUUCAAAUAAUAAACAUAUCCAUUUGUUCAAACACAUAAAAUGUAACUACUAUAUGUCAAAGUUGAAAUUUGAUGUUGCGACCUUUGCAAUGGAAUAUAUCCAAAAAAUCUCCA